AUGACAGAGAAUAAUCGAUCAACCUCGGCGAUCGACAUACCGCCGGCGGGCGAAGGUGCCGGUGACUCAUUGCUGAGUAGCGUCAUCGGAACGAGAGAUCAACGCUCCAGUUCUCUGGUCAACUCUAAGGCCACCGACGCGAUGGAGCUAAGCUACAUUCUAGAAAGUGGCAGCAGCCGUUCCGAAGUGGAUGGCCGCGGUCGACGGACUCGCGCAAAUCAAACCCAAACCUACGACAUUCACAAGGGAAUUGCCGAGAGUGCGAUGGACAUUUCGCUCCUGACGGCCAACGCCAACCAGCUUCGGUUACUCGUAACUUACAACGAAAAAUCCAGCACUUACAUUGCUUGCAUUGCACUGGUCAUCACCUCACUUGUGCUUCAAAUUGUUGUCGCGAGUGGUGUGAUUAUUAUUAAGAGCCAUCCAAAAUCAAAGCCCAGCCAAUGGAUCCAUCGGCUAAAGAUUGGCACCUCGAUACUUGUGACCAUCAUCACUGUCAUCAAUAUUUUAGUGGCAUCCCUGGUAAUAACCAACAAAUAGUCUUGGCUUACACGUGACCGUUACACGUAAACGAACCAUGACUAUAAAAAACCCCAUGCAACACAAAAUCACUGCGGCAACCCAAAGCUAAGCUUGUUGUAGCAGCCA